AUGGGCCGUACAAACGAGCUUAUCAAGCCCAUUUCAACCAGAAGCAUAGAGUCCUUGUUCGUUUGUGCUUGGUCUUUGGUGUCUCCACUCUCUCGAAGAGUUUUUCUUCCACUCGCUGACUUCUUGUUAAUCCUAAAACAUUGCAUCCCCUUCGUUGACGCGAAUGCGACCAAGAUGCCGAGAAUGGAGGACAUUCUGAACCUUCCUGUGCAAGACCCUCCUUGUCCCGAGUUUUCUGCUGCUCACAUAAAUUGGUUUAAACUGGAAGGUGGUCGCCAAGGUGGUGAUGAUAUUGCUCUGAUUCCUUUUGUCAGAGUUGAUGAUUUUGUCAAAGGGGAAUCUUCCCACCCCGAAUGUCCUGCGAGUUUUCGUAUAGAAUCAAGAAGGAAGAGACCUGAAGGAAGCAUUGCCAAACCAAGGGUGGAUGGUUACCUUGAAUACACACUAUACUGGUGUUCUUAUGGUCCUGAAGACUACCGAGAGAGUGAAUCAGGUGUAGGGGAUGGCACAAGCACCAAGCCUGCUUCAGGGAAGGGUAGCAGGCCGGGGAGGCGUCACAUGAUGAGAGGGUGCCUAUGCCAUUUCACGGUUAAAAGACUGUACACCAGGCCCCUCCUUGCGCUAAUCAUAUAUAACCAAAGAAGGCAUGUAGAUAAAUCAGGGGCACCGUGUCAUGGAUUGCUUGACAGGGAUGCGGUGGGGACAAGAGCUAUGUAUGCUCCACGAAUUUCAGAUGAGUUACGCCAAAAAGUGACGUCCAUGCUUCAUGUUGGAAUAUCUUUGGACAACAUAAUACAGCACCAUGCAGAGGAGAUGCAGAAGCAAGGUGGGCCCCAAAACCGUGAUGAUUUUCUCACUCGAAAUGAUGUGCGUAACAUGGAAAGGACUAUUCGUAAUUCUUCACAUGAGCUACAUGAUAAUGAUGAAUUCAGUGUAAAGGUAUGGGUUCAACGGCACCAGAAGCAAGUUUUCUAUUUUCAAAAUAACAUAGCUUCAGAACCAUUUGUGUUGGGUAUACAGACAGAUUGGCAGCUGCAACAAAUGCUCCGUUAUGGAAAUAAUAGUUUAAUUUCUUUUCAUUCAAGUUUUGGCUUGAAGAAGCUCAAGUACCCUGUAUGUUCUUUACUUGUUUUCAAUUCUUCUCAAAAUGCAAUUCCGGUAGCCUGGAUCAUCACCUCAUCUUUUGCUGGUAAAUCUAUUCAUAAAUGGAUUGUAUUGCUAUCUGAAAGACUACGAACCAAGGAUCCCAGAUGGAGGCCUAAUGCUAUUUUGUUGGAUGAUCCAUCUUUGGACUUCUCUAUCAUAAGAGAGGCAUUCCAAUGUCGCAUCCUAUUAUGUUUUUGGCAUGUUCGCCGAACUAUGAUUAAAAAACUUUUCAAAAAAUGCUGCAACUUUGAGGUUCAACGGGAGAUGUUUAGGCAUUUGGGGUGGAUACUGUACUGUACAAAAUGUGGGCCAAAUGCUAUGGAUUCUGUUGAAGAGCUUAUGCAAAUUUUUGUUGACCAGUGUGCCUUCAUGGACUAUUUCAAGAACCAUUGGCUAGCUAGUAUAGAUAUGUGGAUUAAUGCCAUAAAAUCACUCCCUGCGACAACCCCUGAGCCCCAUGCUGCAAUAGAAUCCUAUCACCUAAAAUUAAAAUCUAUGCUUCUGAAAGAGAAUUAUGCUAAUUUCUGGCUAAGAGUUGACUGGUUAAUCCAUGCUUUAACUACUGAAUUUCACUCGUUGUACUGGUUAGACCAGUACAGUUUAGAGACUGGGUAUUUUGAGAAUCUACGGGACAAUUCUUUCUCCUCUAAUGCUUGGUAUCAUGCUCUUCAUAUUCCUGAUGUUGAUGUGAUUUUGGACGAGCAAAAUCUCCAUCUUGCGAAAGUUUUAUCCCAGACUGACAGAAGCUUGAUAUAUACAGUUUGGAAUCCUGGUUCAGAAUUUUCACUGUGUGAUUGUUCAUGGUCUAGGCUGGGAAACCUCUGUAAACAUGUCAUCAAGGUGGCAACUUUCUGUAGAAAUCGACAGGUUGCAAAACCAUCAUUGUCUGCUCAAGUUUAUAAACAGGCUUUGCUCACCCUUCUCCAAAAUCCUCCUGAUGAUUCACUAGUUCUGGACCAUACCAUUCUCCAUAUGGCCCGUUUGCAACAAGACGCAAAGGCCUUGGAAGACCUGUCCAACAAUGGAUUGCUCCAGCCUAUAUCUCCUGAUUUGAGUUCUCAAAUUGCUGAAAAUCCUCUGCUUUUUCAGCGCAUCGAGUGA